UAUCAGAUGACAGCAAGCACAGACAAUAGAAAAGUGAUGAACAGAACAGACAGAUUACAUAUUUUCAUUUAGUUUUUGUAAUAUGUUUUAAUAUGCAAUGCAGUGUGAGAAUUCCUGUCUAGACAGUUAAAAGAAGGUUCACAGUGUUUGACAUAAAACGAUCAACUUCCACUUCUUGACUGUUGGUAUCGUAUCAUCACAGCGGGACAGACUCAUUAGUCUUUUGCAAUGGAAUUUGGUCACAUUUUCCUGUUCUGCAUGACAGUUCUGAUCUCCAGCACAGUAUCCAGAUCUGGAGACCAUGUAUUCGUUCAGACGGGGGGCUCUGCUAAACUAGACAUUGAAACUAAAACACUUUCAAACUUUAGUAGAUUAGUCUGGAUGAACGAAAAAUCUGAAAAUGUAGUCAGAUUUCAAAUUCAAUCUGGAGAAAUAAAACCUCACAGUUCACAUAAGGACAGAGUAUAUUUCAAUGAAAAAAACUUCUCUUUAACACUGAGGAACAUGAAGACGACAGACAGUGGACUCUACAGAGCAAAAACAAUAGGGAAACAAGAAAUAUUUGUUGCUGAAUACAACGUAUCAGUUAUAGAUCCAGUGGAAUCUCCUGUUCUGAAACAGAACUUUACCAUGAUCAGUGUUAAUGCCUGUGUUGUGAACGUGUCAUGCAGUGGGCGCGAUCGUACAAUCAACGACAGCUACCAUAGCAACAACUGCACUAAGGAGAAAGUGACAUCAUUCGGAAUCCAGACUCUAACCUUGUAUUGUAUAGAGAAUGUAGUUGUAUGUAACAACAGCAACCCAGUCAGCUGGAAGAAUGAAACGAUAGAGAUUAACCAACUUUGCCCAUCUCAUGAAGGAUAUAUGACUGUUCUGACGACAGUUAAUAUGGGAGUUUCCAUUUCAGAAGAAAAUCCCAAAGAAAACAAGAGUUCUUUUCUUCUCCAUUGGCUCCUGAUCAUCGCUGGUGUUCUACUAUUGGUUUUCUUAGCAGUUUCUGUAAUAUGCUGCUCUUACAAGAAGCCUAAAAAUGAUGCCCAACAGAAUGAUAAUACAGUCUAUGCACAAGUUCAGCCAAGGAAUGAAGUACAAAGACCUCUGGAGAUGUUGGAGAAAUCAGCGAAUCCUCAAACUGUGUAUGGAUUUACAGGAGAACACAAACAAACUCAUAACACCCGACAAAGGAUGCCUAGUCCUCAGAUGCGGGAACAGGUGCAAACAGAAAAUCGACCCAACACCACCUACAGUACAAUAGGACAACACCAAAAGCCAUCAUUUGACUCUGAAACAGACCAUACAGUUUAUUCAAUAGUGUGUAAAUCUGCGCAUGGCAGACAGCCAGUAGAUAAAAAGCAGAGAGUAAAUAUGUAAAAUAUGUAAAAAUGUGCAUUAUCAAUAGAUAUCCUAAAAUAAUUAACAUAUUUUUAACAUGGCAUGUCAAGCAUCAUUAGUAAUGAAUGAUGAUUGUUUUGUUGAAAUUGCCAAAUUGCUGUUAGACUGUUAUUUGUUUAAUUCACUGUGUUCUGACUUUACUGUACGUUUCUG